AUGUAUUACAACAUGUCAGCCGUUUCUCUUGCGGCGGCUGCGGCUACGACGGCUGCGAGCCCUGCGAUUCUAUAUGCUGCAUCCUAUUCUGGUGGCAUCACGUCAUUGGAGUUGACCAACGCGGCGUCCGGCUACACACUCAAGAAUGUUUCCGUCGCAACAGAAUGCGGCGCUAAUCCUGUCUGGCUUGAGCACGAUAAGAACAACAGUAUCUUGUACUGCUCCGACGAAGCCGGCACUCUAGGCAUCUUCAGGGUGCCCGCCGUAAAUUCUCCGACAGCUGGUGUUUUGGAGGCUUUGACGGAGAUGGGCACAUCCUAUGCUCCAGUGGCCAGUACUCGUUUCAAUAUAUCAGACCAGCCAGCCAUCGCGUUUGCGAACUACGGCUCACCCGAUGGAGGCCCGCCCGGUCCCGCAGGAAUCUCGGCAUACACGAUAAAGGAUAACGGAGUCCUUCGGCACCGGUUCAAUAUGACCGUGCAUUACCCGGUCUCAGGCCCCAACAAAGAGCGCCAGAGUGCAGCGCACAUCCACCAGGUCGUUCUCGACCCGACUGGCAACUUCAUGGUGGCCCCGGACCUCGGCUAUGACUCCGUGCAUGUCUUCAGCCUCCGUAACGCCUCUAACCUGUUCACACAACUCGAUGACGUGAGCCUCGAGCCUGGCUCGGGGCCUCGCCACGGCGUCUUCCAAACUUCUGGAAAGGACACCUUCUUCCACGUGGUGAGUGAGCUGGCAAACAACAUCACCUCCUUUAAUGUCACCUACGAUGGUGAGAACCGCAUGAGCAUGACCGAAAUUGGUAAGGUCAGCACCUUUGGCAACAAGGCUGUUCCGAGUGGGGCCUUGGCAGGUGAGAUCAUUCUCUCAGGUGGGUAUAUCACGGUCUCCAACCGCCUGGACAACUCCUUCACCAUCCCCAGCCUUGACCCGAGCAUCGCUGAUUCCGAACAAUCCGACUCUCUUGCCGUGUUCAAGGUCGGCGACGAAGGCGAGCUUUCUUUUGUAAACCUCUACCCGGUCGGGUGCCAAAGCCCCCGCCAGAUCCAGGCCAAUAAGGACGGCUCUCUCAUUGCCGCUGCAUGCAUGGCCAACAACCGCGUUGUCGUGAUGCGGCGAAACAGUACAACUGGUGAGAUCGGCCAAUUUGUGGCUAAUUAUACUCUGCCCGGUGCCACUUACGUUCAAUGGGAUGAAGUGUAA